AUGGCCGUGUUCAAGCCGGCGGUUCACAUCCAGGAGAAUUUGCUGCCGCUGCCAGCGGAAUCUGUGCACAACUGGUGGGAGCAGGCCCCGGCUUUGGCCGAUCCGCCAUCCAGCGACAUCCAGGACCGCGACGUGGAGACGAUGCGCCGCUCCGAGAUGUUGGAGGUCUGUGUGCAGACAAUGGCGGUCUUGCAGCUCUGCUUCUCAGGUGGGUCCUCGAGUCUCUUCCGGGUUUUGCCGCGGCGGACCCUCGAGACCAUGACGGCGCUGGCGCCAAUGGUGAGCUACCUGCUGCGCCCGCGCAGGGAGGACCCGGUGGCGCAGCAGUUUCAGCUGGGCCCACAGCGCAUGGAGGCCUUCGUGAGGCGGCCAGAUGAGAUGCUGCAGAAGGAGGUCUACAAGGCGGUGCAGAACAUGAUGCCCAUGCUCCCUGGCAUCAUGGGCUGGGCUACCUGGAAGCAUCGGCCCGAGGACGUGCUGAUGGGCGAGAAAACCGGCGGCGCCCACCUCGCGCUGCAGAGGGAUCUGGAGAUCCCGCCCUUCAUCGUGGGCAUCGUGCUCAAGAAGAGGGAGGCUGACUAG